AUGACCUACGCCCGCAACACCACCGUCGCCGUCAACCGCACCCGCGACGAGAUCGAACAGACCUUGAACCGGUACGGCGCCGACGGCUUCGCCUACGCCACCCAGGGCAACCUGGCCACCGUCAUCUUCGCCAUGCAGAACCGCCGCAUCCGCUUCGUCCUGGAGCUGCCCGAUCCCGACGACUUCCAGCUGAGCAACCACAACCCGCCCCGGGAGCGCAGCGCCAGAGCUCGGGAAGAAGCCCACGACCAGGCCAGCCGCCAGAGGUGGCGCGCCCUGCUGCUGGUAAUCAAGGCCAAGCUGGAGGCCGUCACCGCCGGCAUCUCCACCAUCGAGGCCGAGUCCCUCGCCAACAUCGUCCUGCCCGACAACACCACCGCCGGCCAGUGGAUCCUGCCACAGAUCGACCGGGCCUACCGCACCGGCGAGAUGCCGCCCCUGCUGCCGGCAGCCGGAAACUCCGACCCGCGAUCCGGCGGUCCCAUUCCGUUGCCCCCUGCCUGA